GCGUCUGUGCUGCUGGCAGGAGUGACCAGAAUAAAAACAGCAACACCAGACAUAGACGAGGAAAUAAAGCAAAGUGAUCCAUUGAACCAGAGUGUUUGCCCUCUCAUAAUUGCAUCGAGCUUUUCCCUUUUUUCACCCUCCCCCUGCUUUUUUUUCUUUUUUCUCAUCACUCUUUGAGACUUCGGGGCUAGUGGUAAUUAGCCAGAAGAGAAUAAAACCAGCUGAUCGGGAGAGGGGUGGUGCAUUUUGGAGCGAGAUGGCUAACAGAAACAUUCUGUUGCUCUUCUGUGGACUCUUCAUCUUAGCACUGAUUCAACCCUCUCUUCAAGGAGGUGUGUAUCUACCACCUGGUGCUGGGUUAGGACCAGGAGGCGGUGGAACAGGAACUGGAUUCUUUCCAGGGGGUGCUGGAGGGUUCCCUGCGGGCUAUAAACCAGCUAAGGCUGCAGGAGGUUAUGCAGGAGGAGGUGGAGGCCGAGGCGUAUUCGUGCCAGGGGCAGGUGGCCAGGUCAUUGCAGGAUUGCCAGCAGGACAAGGUGGAAAGGCCCCUAAACCAGGAUAUGGAAAUCUAGGAGGUGGCGGCCUGGGGCCUGGAGGCUAUGGAGGAGGUGGCUACGGGGGCUACUAUCCGGGAGCUGGAUCAAAGGCUGCUAAAAGCGGGGUUGGAGGACCAGGAGGAGGUCCUGGAGUCACUGGAACUGGACCCGGUGGAGCACCUGUUAUUCCUCAGACCGGCCUUCCUGGAGGUGGUGGCGCAGGAAAAAAAGCUGCCAAAGUGCCAGGUGUGGGUGUACCUGGCCUUUAUCAAGGUGGACUGGUGCCUGGACAAGGGUUUGGUGGACGUGGAGUUCUGCCUGGAGUGCCCACUGGGUCUCAACUCAGUCCCAAAUCAAUUGCAGGAGGAGGAGGACAGCAAGGUAUCCGUGGGUAUGGGGGACCAAUGCAGCCAGGAGUGUUCCACGGAUACCCCCUCAAAUCACCCAAAGUUCAAGGUGCCUAUGGAGCAAAAACUGCAGGUGGAAAACUUCCCUAUGGUUAUGGUGGCUUUAAUGUUGCACCUGGACUGCCAGGAGUGCAAGGUGGCCCCGGGUCGAAGCCAGGAUAUCCUGUUGGAACUGGAGUGGGACUUGGGGUCAUAUCACCUGGUCAGGCUAAAGCUGCUCAGGGUGGCACUGGAGGCUUUGGAGCUGGUGGUGGUGGCUUUGGUGGCACUGGUGGACUGUAUCCAGGCCAGGUGCCAGGAGGGUAUGGAGCUGCUAAGGCUGCCAAAUAUGGAGUUCCAGGAGGUGUACCUGGGGGAGUACCAGGAGGUGUACCUGGGGGAGUACCAGGAGGGGCACCGAUUGGAAGAGUUCCAGCCAUUAGUGGAUAUUCACCAGCAGCAAAAGCUGCUAAAUAUGGAACCGGAGGACAAAUAGGCACAGGAGGACAAAUAGGCACAGGAGGACAAAUAGGCACAGGAGGACAAAUAGGCAUAGGAGGACAGCUGGGAACUGGAGGAGGAUAUUAUCCUGCAAGCAAAGCUGCCAAAUAUGGUGGGACAGGAGGACAACUAGGAACAGGACAACUUGGAACAGGGCAACUUGGAACAGGGCAACUAGGAACAGGGCAACUAGGAACAGGACAACUUGGAACAGGACAACUUGGAACAGGACAACUAGGAACUGGAGGAGGAUAUUAUCCUGCAAGCAAAGCUGCUAAAUACGGGGGACAACUAGGAACAGGAGGGCAACUUGGAACAGGACAACUAGGAACAGGACAACUAGGAACAGGACAACUUGGAACAGGGGGAGGAUAUUAUCCUGCAAGCAAAGCUGCCAAAUACGGGGGACAACUAGGAACAGGAGGGCAACUUGGAACAGGAGGGCAACUUGGAACAGGAGGGCAACUUGGUACAGGAGGACAACUUGGUACAGGAGGACAACUUGGAACAGGCGGCGCAUAUUAUCCUGCAAGCAAAGCUGCCAAAUACGGUCAAGGUGGUGGAGGGUUUAUUCCAGGUGUUCAUGGAGGUGGUGGAGGAGGAGGAGGAGGAUUUUUACCAGGAUAUGGAUCUUUGGCAGCCAAACCUCCUAAAUAUGGAGUCCCAGGAGCAGGCCUAGGAGGAGGGAUUGUCCCGGGGGGAGCAGGACAGGUAGUCCCUGGUGGUGGAUUGGGUGGUUUUGGAGGUGGUGCUGGAGUCAAACCACCAAAGUAUGGAGUUCCUGGAGGAGUUGGAACAGGGCUAGGACCUGGAGGAGUACCUAUUGGAGGAACAGGAUUUGCAGGUGGACCGUACUCUGCUGCCGCAAAAGCUGCUAAAUAUGGAGUUGGAACUGGAGGUCUACCUGGAGGAUUUCCAGUUGGAGCAAAAGCACCAAAAUACGUAGUUCCAGGAGUGACUCCAUACACACCUGUCACUUUUCCAAAUGGUUCUGUUGUACCUGGUCAAUUAGUUCCUGGAAAACCAGCAAAGGAUGUCAGUGGAACUCCUCAGCCAGAGCCCACUGAUAUUGCCGCAACUGGCAAGACCCCAGAGGUCCCAGAUCCCAGUGUUUCUGGUGGAAUUGUUCAGCCUAGUCCAGGCACAGGUGUUGUUGGAACGGGAGUUGACGCUCCUGUUGGUGUCGACACUUCACGCCAAGUUCAACCUGGUCCUGGUGUUGGAACAGUUGGAAAAGCACCCAAACCAUUCAUACCAGGUAUUGGCUACCCUUAUGGACCACCUUAUGGAGUACCUUUAGGCACUGGCACUGGACCUGGAACUGGACCUGGAACUGGAACACUGCCUGGAGCGAAGCCUCUGAAACCUCCAGUUGUGGGUGGUGCUGGAGAGAGACCAGGAAUCCCACUGGCUGCAGGAGGUUAUCAAGGUGGAGUUGUGUAUCCUGGAGGUGCAGCUAAAGCGCCCAAACCAGGCUACGGCAAUAUUGGAGGUGGUGGCGGAUACCAGCAAGGUGUAGUUCCUGGUUACAGAGGAGGAUACCCCCAGCAGUACUACCAAGGAGCCGGAUUAAUGUUGAGGCGCUAUUACCCAGGAUAUGUGCCAGCCCCGCUGACUCCUCAACAAGCCAAAGCAGCAAAGUACGGUCCUCUGCAGGGCUUCCUUGGUGGAGGAGGCGGCGGAGGAAUCUAUAGAGGUGGUGUUGCAGGAUGCCAGGGCAAAUACUGUGGGAGGAGGAAGUAGAGGAUCUCCCGAGAUCCAGUGACCUCAAGAAACCAUGGUGCUACUGCAUGAUCGAGAAUGUACAUUUUAUAUGCAAAGCCCCAUUAGACAACCUGUAAAGAUGUUUGUUCUUACUUACUUGACUUCAGUGUCUGUUUUUACACAAACCCACCGACCCAGAAUUUUGUACAUGUGCUGAUGUGACGUAUGUUAUUGACAGUGCCUUUAAUCAUUAACAUGUUCAAGUUAACCAGCUUUAAUUCUGUACCGCACCGGCCCACCAUGUGUCGCUGCGUCCGUGCACGCACGCCUGCACGUGUGUGUAUCGUUUGUUUGAAACUGUCUGUACCAUCGGCUGUCAAUGUGACCCACAAGUGAUUUCCCUUUCUGCUUUAAUCCUAAACUAAAUCAAGGUGAUCCGUCUCACUGGGCAGCACAGGGCUCAUCUACUCCUCUCCAACCUGUCACAGGGGUGGGGUUGGUCAUAGCUAGGCCGAAAUCUGAUGAUAUCCAGCCAAUGUCAGUGUGGUUCCUGGCUCCCCAUUUUCUCUGCUGCCAUUUUUAGGCCUGCUGGGUAUAAAGCGGUGGUAACUGGGGCUCCGGCCAACCCAUCUGCUCUCGGCAACUUUGCUGAUUCUUGUUGCUGUGCAGUUCAGUUUUCUCAGCUUUUUUUUUUUUGUUAAAUGUUGCCAAACACUUUCUGCUGAAGACAGUCAAAAAGCAGUGUGUUCAAAUAUCAAUCAGACUCUGCUCUGGUAUGUACGCGACGUGUAUGUGCGUGUGUGUUUCAUUAUGUGUCGUGUUUAAGUCUGCUUCAAAUGUUUAGUCUCAUUUACAUUUAUGUAACUGGUCAUUAUUCAAGAUUUGUUGCACCAUGAUUUGACUCAUAGCUUUUUUGUUAUCAGGAAUGUGUGAGCAUUAAAAAAAACAAUCCUUUGCUUUUGCAUUUAUUCACUGUUAUUAACUGUAAUACAGAUUAAUACUUUGUUUUAAUGGGAGUGCCGCUGUGUUUAUGUGAGGCACAAAAUCCCUGUUCUUUAUUUACUUGAGCUGCUUUAAAAAAAAACAAAACCAAAGGCUUUACUGACCAAAGGUUCAUGAGCGCUGUUGCCAAGUGACCCCCAUCUCUUCCCGUAACUGUGUACUGUAUUUUGUACUAAUUUGAUGGCUUCAGUUCCUUCACUCGGUGCUGUGUAAGAACUGUCUUUGAGCCUCGCUGGGUCAGACCUUGUCUUAUGUGGCGUGGGAUACUCUUCAUCUUUAUUUAAAACUGUUUUUAUAAGGAGGAACAGUGUGGUUUUGCACUUUUUAUGUUUCCACGGCACACAUGUGACUUGUUCCCGGACAUCCGGCAUUUUAUUUGCUUUAACAAAUAACAAAAUAAAAUGUGUUUAAAGAA